UGUUUUAUUGUUUUCAGGGUGCUGGGUGCACUGCACUGGUGGUAGCUGUGGUGGCAAGGAAGUUAGAACUUACCAAAGCUGAAAAACAUGUGCAUAAUUUCAUGAUGGACACCCAGCUAACUAAAAGAGUGAAAAAUGCAGCGGCCAAUGUACUCAGGGAAACAUGGUUAAUUUAUAAAAACACAAAGCUGGUUAAAAAGAUAGACCAUGCAAAAGUAAGGAAACAUCAGCGCAAAUUCUUGCAAGCUAUUCAUCAAUUAAGAAGUGUAAAAAUGGAACAAAGGAAACUGAAUGAUCAAGCCAACACUUUGGUGGACCUGGCAAAGACUCAAAACAUCAUGUAUGACAUGAUUUCUGACUUAAAUGAAAGAAGCGAAGAUUUUGAGAAGAGAAUUGUAACUCUGGAAACCAAACUGGAAACUUUAAUUGGUAGCAUUCAAGCUCUCCCUGGACUGAUUAGCCAGACAAUCAGCCAGCAACAGAGGGAUUUCCUCGAGGCUCAGAUACAAAAUUAUGAUAAGCAUGUUGCCUACAGUGCUGAACGAUCACGAUCUUUGUCAAGAAGAAGGAGAUCAUCCUCCACAGCACCACCAACUUCAUCAGAGAGUAGCUAGAAGAGAAUACGUUAACCACAAAAUAAAGACUUUUUGCCAUCAUAUGGUCAAUAUUUUAGCUUUUAUUGUAAAGCCCUAUGGUUCUAACCAGUGUUAUCUGGGUUCUGAUGUCAGAAUCCCGGAAACCUGAACAUGUUUUAGGCCAAAAUGAGUGAAAACCCUUCUUUUUUCCCCCCUCCUCCUCUCAGAUGCACAGCGAAUGCACCUAUUACUGCUAUAUUAGAUUGUUCCUCCUGUAAUUUCACUAACUUUUUACUCAUGCACUUCAAACAAACUUUACUACUAUAAUAUAUAAUGUAAUAAAAAGGUUAAUUUCUGCACAUAGUUGCUUGGUUACUUGGACUUAACAACUAAAAUAAUGCUCACAAUCAAUAGGCCUAAUUAUAAACUUUUAAGAAACAAAAUUAAAGCUUCAUAAUUAUCUCUCAG